GACUCCUCGGUUCCGGGUGAAGAGGCUGCGCACUGCUGUUUGGGGAGGGGGUGUGUGGAGCCGGGUCCUGUGUCCGCAGUGGCCGCUGUCUGGGGGUCGCCUGAGCGCCGAGGUGUGGAGAGACUCCUCGAGGGUCGAGCAGAUAACGGGGUUCGGGUGUCCAGUGUGUGAACAUCACAGGGUUUGUUUGGAUGCAGGAACAGAAAUCAGCUCUAGCUAGCUAAGUAAAGAAUUUGUUAUAAGGCUAUAGAGAAAAUCUCAGAGACUUUAUUUGAAGAAACUACAGAUGGAUCUCACAGGAAUUGGCAAGGUGUCAAAGAGCCACUAUUUUCCAUCUUGAUCCCUCUAAUUAGCUGUGACUGGUUAAAGAGAUGGUUGUGAGGUCUAUUCUGGAUAGCAGGUUUUGUGAAGACAUUUAUUCUUUCUUGGACCUCAGAUUUACCAGACAUCUCAUGUUUUUGCCUCUGGUAAAUAAAUGCACAACUGAACACAAUAUAGAUCUAAAAUACAAGACUUCUUAUGAGAUAACAUAAAGAAAGAUAAGCUGAUCUGAAGAAAACUUCUACCAUCUAGAUGCUGCCAACAAGGAAGAGAAUUUUUUUUUAAAUUACAGUUGCUACCUGUUGUUAGGACCACAUUUUCAGCAUUUUAAGGAAAUGCAGUAUAAUAUAAUACUUGAAUAGACACCUUUUUUUUUAUUUUGCUUGCACUUUGGCAUGUAGAAAUGUUAUAAUUUAUAGUUUUGUGCUGGUUUCUAAAUGUGACUUUUAUGAAGUAACUCUAAUAGACUCACAGAUACAAAAAAGAAGGGUUUGUGGAUGCACUUAGAUGUUUGCAAUGAGCACUGUGGCUGGCAUGCCCCAGUGUUUUGGAUACCAAUGCAUAGGACUCCAUAGUAAUCGAAUUUACCAGAGGCGAACGUCAUGAGCAUAGUGAUCCCUUUGGGGGUUGAUACAGCAGAAACGUCAUACUUGGAAAUGGCUGCAGGCUCAGAACCAGAAUCUGUAGAAGCUAGCCCUGUGGUAGUUGAGAAAUCCAACAGUUAUCCCCACCAGUUAUAUACCAGCAGCUCGCAUCAUUCACACAGUUACAUUGGUUUGCCCUAUGCGGACCAUAAUUAUGGUGCUCGUCCUCCUCCAACACCUCCGGCUUCCCCUCCUCCAUCAGUUCUCAUUAGCAAAAAUGAAGUAGGCAUAUUUACCACUCCUAAUUUUGAUGAAACUUCCAGUGCUACUACAAUCAGCACAUCCGAAGAUGGAAGUUACGGUACUGAUGUAACCAGGUGCAUAUGUGGUUUUACACAUGAUGAUGGAUACAUGAUCUGUUGUGACAAAUGCAGUGUUUGGCAACAUAUUGACUGUAUGGGGAUUGACAGGCAGCAUAUUCCUGAUACAUAUCUAUGUGAACGUUGUCAGCCUAGGAGUUUGGAUAAAGAGAGGGCGGUGCUAUUACAACGCCGGAAGAGGGAAAAUAUGUCAGAUGGUGAUACUAGUGCAACUGAAAGUGGUGAUGAGGUUCCUGUGGAAUUAUAUACUGCAUUUCAGCAUACUCCAACAUCAAUCACUUUAACUGCUUCAAGAGUUUCCAAGGUUAAUGAUAAAAGAAGGAAAAAAAGUGGGGAGAAAGAACAAAACAUUUCAAAGUGUAAAAAAGCCUUUCGUGAAGGAUCUAGAAAGUCAUCAAGAGUUAAGGGUUCAGCUCCAGAGAUUGAUCCUUCAUCUGAUGGUUCAAAUUUUGGAUGGGAGACAAAAAUCAAAGCAUGGAUGGAUCGAUAUGAAGAGGCAAAUAAUAACCAGUAUAGUGAGGGUGUUCAGAGGGAGGCACAAAGAAUAGCUCUGAGAUUAGGCAAUGGAAAUGAGAAAAAGGAGACAAAUAAAUCAGAUUUGAAUACUAACAAUUUGCUCUUCAAACCUCCUGUAGAGAGCCAUAUACAAAAGAAUAAGAAAAUUCUAAGAUCUGCAAAAGAUUUGCCACCUGAUGCACUUAUAAUUGAAUACAGAGGGAAGUUUAUGCUGAGAGAACAGUUUGAAGCAAAUGGGUAUUUCUUUAAAAGACCAUACCCUUUUGUUUUAUUCUACUCUAAAUUUCAUGGGCUAGAAAUGUGUGUUGAUGCAAGGACUUUCGGUAAUGAGGCUCGAUUCAUCAGGCGUUCUUGUACACCCAAUGCAGAGGUGAGACAUGAAAUUGAAGAUGGAACCAUACAUCUUUAUAUUUAUUCUACACAAAGUAUUCCGAAGGGAACUGAAAUUACUAUUGCCUUUGAUUUUGAUUAUGGAAAUUGUAAGUACAAAGUGGACUGCGCAUGCCUCAAAGAAAAUCCAGAGUGCCCUGUUCUAAAACGUAGUUCUGAAUCCACGGAAAACAUCAAUAGUGGUUAUGAGACGAGGAGGAAAAAGGGAAAAAAAGAGAAAGAAAUUUCAAAAGAUAAAGAUACACAAAAUCAGAACAUUACACUGGAUUGUGAAGGGACAACCAACAAGAUGAAGAGCCCAGAAACAAAACAGAGAAAGCUUUCUCCACUGAGAUUAUCAGUAUCAAAUAAUCAGGAACCAGAUUUCAUUGAUGAUAUAGAAGAAAAAACUCCUAUUAGCAAUGAAGUGGAAAUGGAAUCAGAAGAGCAGAUUGCAGAAAGGAAAAGGAAGAUGACAAGAGAAGAAAGGAAAAUGGAGGCAAUUUUGCAAGCUUUUGCCAGACUCGAAAAAAGAGAGAAGAGAAGAGAACAAGCUUUGGAAAGGAUCAGCACAGCCAAAACUGAAGUCAAAACCGAAUGUAAAGAUGCACAGAUUGUCAGUGAUGCUGAAGUUAUUCAGGAACAAGCAAAAGAAGAAACUACUAGCAAGCCAACCCCUGCCAAAGUGAAUAGAACUAAACAGAGAAAAAGUUUUUCUCGGAGUAGAACUCACAUUGGACAGCAGCGUCGAAGACACAGAACUGUCAGUAUGUGUUCGGAUAUCCAGCCAUCUUCUCCUGAUAUAGAAGUUACUUCACAACAAAAUGACAUUGAAAAUACUGUACUUGCAAUAGAGCCAGAAACUGAAACUGCACUAGCAGAAAUAAUUACUGAAACUGAAGUUCCAGCACUUAAUAAAUGUCCUACAAAGUACCCUAAAACAAAGAAGCACUUGGUCAAUGAAUGGUUAAGUGAGAAGAAUGAGAAGACAGGAAAACCUUCAGAUAGCCUUUCAGAAAGGCCUCUGCGCAUAACUACGGAUCCCGAAGUGUUAGCUACACAGCUCAAUUCUUUACCAGGUCUCACUUAUAGCCCCCAUGUGUACUCUACUCCUAAGCAUUAUAUUAGAUUUACUUCACCAUUCCUUUCAGAAAAAAGGAGAAGAAAAGAACCUACUGAAAACAUCUCUGGCUCAUGUAAAAAGCGAUGGUUGAAACAAGCUCUGGAAGAAGAAAAUUCAGCAAUUCUGCAUAGAUUUAAUUCACCUUGUCAAGAAAGAUCCAGAAGUCCUACAGUCAAUGGUGAAAAUAAAAGUCCACUACUAUUAAAUGAUAGCUGUUCCCUUCCAGAUUUAACUACUCCACUAAAGAAACGGAGACUUUACCAGUUGCUAGAUUCUGUUUACUCAGAAACCUCCACACCGACUCCUUCACCAUAUGCUACACCAACUCACACAGAUAUUACAUCUAUGGACCCAUCAUUUGCCACCCCUCCACGGAUAAAAUCAGAUGAUGAAACAUGUAGAAAUGGUUAUAAACCCAUAUAUUCACCGGUUACCCCAGUAACACCUGGUACACCAGGAAAUACCAUGCACUUUGAGAAUAUUUCUUCCCCAGAAAGUUCUCCAGAAAUAAAGAGACGCACUUACAGUCAAGAGGGAUAUGACAGAUCUUCAACUCUUCUAACAUUGGGGCCUUUUAGAAAUUCCAAUUUAACUGAACUGGGUCUGCAAGAAAUAAAGACUAUUGGUUAUACCAGCCCUCGGAGUAGGACUGAAGUCAAUAAGCAGUGUCCUGGAGAAAAGGAAUCAGUGUCGGACCUUCAGCUGGGACUCGAUGCAGUCGAGCCAACUGCCUUACAUAAAACCCUGGAAAUGCCUACACAUGACAGGACUGAACCAAACAGCCAACUGGACUCGACUCACUCUGGACGGGGCACAAUAUAUUCUUCCUGGGUAAAGAGUCCUGACAGAACGGGAGUUAACUUCUCAGUGAACUCCAACUUGAGGGACCUGACGCCCUCACAUCAGUUGGAAGUUGGAGGAGGCUUCCGAAUAAGUGAGUCAAAGUGCCUGAUGCAGGAUGAUACUAGAGGCAUGUUUAUGGAAACAGCUGUGUUUUGUACUUCAGAAGAUGGGCUUGUAUCUGGUUUCGGACGGACUGUUAAUGACAAUUUGAUCGACGGGAGUUGCACACCCCAGAAUCCACCACAAAAGAAAAAGGUUUCUCUACUAGAAUAUCGUAAGAGACAACGUGAAGCUAGAAAAAGUGGCUCUAAGACAGAAAACUUUGCACUGGUGAAUGUAUCACCUCACGCAAGUGGAAACCUGAGCAACAACAAUGGAGAUGCGUGUGCCAACAGUAGUGAAAAUGGAGAGCAGGUAGAAAGCAGUGCUAGCCUGCCCUUACCAGCACCAGCUGCAGUGUAUAAUGCUGCAUCUGAAGAAACCAGCAAUAACUGUCCUGUUAAGGAAGCUGCUGCCAGUGAGAAGAAUGAGCCAGAGGUUCAAUGGACUGCUUCAACUUCAGUGGAACAAGUGAGAGAAAGGAGUUACCAGAGAGCUCUGCUUCUCAGUGAUCAUCGAAAAGAUAAAGACAGUGGGGGAGAGUCACCUCGUGUCUCAUGCUCACCGAGUCAUGUUCAGUCUCCACCUUCAUCUCAUUCAAAUCACAUUCCCCAGUUGCAAGCUAAGGGCCCAGUCCCUUCAUUCAGUGAAUUUAUGGAAGAUCCUGAUCCCGAAAAUCCAGAACCCACAAUUACAAAUGAAUGUCCAUCCCCAGAUUCUUCUCAAAAUGCUUCUAAAAGCCCUUCUAAAAUGAACAAGUCUGGUUCACCGGGACCUGUGAUUCCUACUCAACCACAUGGGAAAAAAACAGAUCCCCACUGGGAGGCAGCAGUUAUUGUAGCAGAAGCUGAGAAUGGCGUUCACCUAAAAACCGAGCUCCAGCAAAAACAGCUCUCAAAUAACACCCAAGCACUUUCAAAGACUCAUCCUCAGCCACACAUCCGCAGUUCAUCUGAGCAACUUUCCCAAAAGCUGCCUUCUGCACCAACAAAGUUGCACUGUCCUCCGUCACCUCACAUAGAAAACCCCCCAAAGUCGUCUACGCCUCACACACCUGUACAGCAUGGUUAUCUUUCACCAAAGCCUCCUUCACAGCAGUUAGGAUCUCCCUACAGGCCGCAUCACUCACAGUCACCUCAAGUUGGAACACCUCAGCGAGAGCCUCAGAGAAAUUUUUAUCCGGCAGCACAGAACCUUCAAGCCACUACUCAGCAGGCAACUUCCGGAGCGUUAUUUACACAGACAUCCUCAGGACAAUCUUCAACAUACAGUCAGUUUAACCCACAGAGUCUGAACAGCCCGGCACCACCCCCUCCACCCCCGCCGCCGCCUUCUUCAUCCUAUUAUCAAAACCAGCAGCCCUCUGCAAACUUUCAGAAUUAUAAUCAGCUCAAAGGUAGUCUUUCCCAACAAACUGUGUUUACAUCAGGACCAAAUCAAGCACUUCCUGGCACCACAAGCCAGCAGACAGUUCCGGGGCACCAUGUUACUCCGGGGCAUUUUUUGCCCUCUCAGAACCCUACCAUUCACCAUCAAACUUCGGCCGCUGUGGUCCCGCCCCCUCCUCCGCCACCCCCUGCUCCAGCACCACACCUCGUACAACAGCCGAAUUCCCAUCAGCAACACUCAGUAGCACAUGUAGUAGGGCCUGUUCAUGCUGUCACCCCCGGGUCGCAUAUUCAUUCUCAAACUGCUGGACACCAUUUACCACCACCCCCUCCACCUCCUGGUCCUGCCCCUCAUCACCAUCCACCGCCCCAUCCUUCCACAGGACUCCAAGGUCUACAAGCACAACACCAGCAUGUUGUAAAUUCAGCACCCCCACCUCCUCCUCCACCUCCGCCUUCCAGUGUUUUGGCUUCUGGGCAUCACACCACAUCAGGUCAAGCCUUACACCAUCCAGCUCAUCAAGGACCUCCACUUUUUCCUUCAAGUGCUCAUCCAGCUGUACCACCGUACCCCUCACAAGCUGCACAUCAUACUACUUUGGGACCGGGACCCCAACACCAGCCUUCUGGAACAGGGCCACACUGUCCAUUGCCAGUUGCAGGUCCUCAUCUCCAGCCCCAAGGACCAAACAGUAUUCCAACACCUACUGCUUCAGGGUUCUGUCCUCAUCCUGGCUCUGUGGCCCUGCCACAUGGGGUCCAAGGACCUCAGCAGGCAUCUCCAGUGCCUGGACAGAUUCCAAUUCACAGAGCACAGGUGCCACCAACAUUUCAGAACAACUACCAUGGUUCAGGGUGGCAUUAAAAUGGACUCCAAAACAUUUUUUAAAUGUUCUGUAAAAUAAACUGUAUAUUUCAUAUGUACCUAUUAAGGUACUUUUUAAAGCUUGUACAUGAAACUUUGUAUAAAAAAACACCAGUGCUCUUUUCAUUGUAUUUUACCCAUUUUUGCUUUUUAAAAUUCCUUAAAAAUGUGCUGUUAAGCCAGUAUUAGGUAUCUUUAUUUUGUAAGUGAACAUUCCAGCUGUUUUCUCGCAGAGUUGAUGCUAAAUGAGCUUUACAUUUUAUUGUUCCAGUUAAAUUCAUUUAGUGAAUGUUUUCUAUAUUAUUUUAUACAUAUGCAUUAAGUAUACAGCUAAGUAAUGGCACUAUGAGGAUUUCAUUUUUUAAUUUCCUGUCAGUUCUGUGAGUGCAUCAUAGGUAUAAAAAUGCAAUACAGAUUUUUAUAGUUUGAUGUGGACAUAACUCAUUUUGUUUUAUCGGUUUCUUGCAAGCAAAAUGUAAUUUAAUGUAUAGAUGAUUUCUAAUGUCUCCCGACAAACUGUAAAUACUGCAUUUCUUUUGCGUAUAUAAUUGCUUACAGCUUUUCUCAUUUGAUAUAUACCAUUGUACAUAUGACAAGUCUUUUGCAAAACUGUGUGAUCUUUGUGAAAGUAGUACAGUAUAUGACCUUUCAUUUCUUUUUUAUUUUAAAUAUACUGUCACAUUGAAGCACUGGUUGGGCAUUUUAAUUCAUGUUAAUAAAUCACAAUUAUGUCAGUUUUACCAAA